ACUGUAUAUCCCUGUAAUUACAGUGUUUCUUUUUCAGUAAUUUGGAUUGCAUUCCUUAUAUUUUCAGUCUUGUUUAUUGUCAUUUUUUCUAAUCCUGUAAUUUUCAGUAGUUACACUUCAAAUAUUUAGUGUCCUUACAUUGUUUCUGCAUUAAUUACACUUCAAAUGUCAGUGUAAUUACAUUGAAAGUUCAGUAGUUUGGACUGUAUUUGUAAGUUCAGUAAUUUUGAGUAAAUUACACUGUAACUAGAAGCAAACACGCGCUUUGCCGCGCCGCUUUUCAUUCAUUAAAACUAAAAUAUAUAGAAGAAUAAUAAAAAUGGUAGAGGGGGUGGUACAUUCGGGAGAGCAAAAUGUGAUAAGCACCGUGAAUUGGUUUGGGCUAUAUAUGGAAGACUUCUUAAUGACAAUGAAAGUCCUCCGUAGGUUCUUCCAAACAGCAAGUACAAGGUCAAACAAUAUGAAUAACAUCAUCGUUCAAUUGUAUAUGGGUUCAUCCACUUCAGGCUUGAGCAGUGGAAAAUUGGCAUUUCCAGAUAGAGUUCUGAUUUUGUUUGGAUGGCAAGAUUGCGUAAAGCUUGUGGGCAGGGACCCCAUGACGUUUCUCCUGAUGACAGUGUUGAAUGUUCAUAUAAUCCUUUUGUUUCUGACGAUUUUGCAGAUGCUGAUUGUUUUAAAAUGUCUCAGAUAUUUGAAACGGAAGAUAACUACUGCAGGAGACCGUAAUGUGAAGCAAUUAUUGGCUUACAUGAAGGAGUGCGUCCUCUUCAUCUUGCAGUGUUUCCUCUGAGCUAUGUAAAGUGUCAAGAAAGAUCUAAAUUACAAGCUAGAGAUGAAUUUUUCGCGGCAUCUUACAUUAUGUAAUUGACAAGAUAGGUCACAGUAAUUUACAACCAAGAUAGGUUACAGUGUGUCUUCUUGAUACUUACAGUGCCAUGUUCUGAAAAUUCCAGUCCAAUUUGUAGUGUAAUUUCAUUUUGUAAUUUAUUCUAUGUAAAUUACAGUGUAAUGUCAGUGUACUUUCAUUUUUUUAUACUGUAAUUACACUGUAACUCACACUAAUUGCCCUGUUUUUACAGUGUAAUUUUCAGUGGUUUCCACUGGAA